GCUCUGCGGCUCAUAGCAAGAGGUGCUGUCGACUGAUCUGAAAACAACUGAAACUGUUCCUUCAAAAACAUUAACGACGCCCGGCGAGGAAGUACGUCGUUGUUUGGUCGGUUUUCAAACUCAAAAAAAAAAAAAAAAAAAAGGCUAAAAAAGCCACAGACGGUAACUUUCGCCAGACGGCUGCGAAAAGCCAAACGACAACGCUCUGACAUGAAGUGAACUGAAAGGGGAAGUGAAACUUACCGAGGUCGGACACACAGCGAAAGGAGCGAAGAUAAAAUAAAAAAUCGAACUCAAAAGGUGCCGAAAAAGUGAAGCAACAUGACGUCCAAAGACAGCCUCUACUUCAUCGUAACAGAAAAACCUGAACACCCUGGACACAUCAAGGCUGGAAGCAUAUGUCACAUCUCUCAGUACAAGCACAGGUCGGAGGUCAAAAGAUGUGGCUCUCCCUCAAAGCUGGCGGUCACCCCCUUCGGCUCGCACACAGCUUUAACGUACGAGAUAGACCCGGGUCACAUGCAGGCCCUGAGUGCAGAGGAAGCGGCGCUGCUGCUGGCCCUGCCUGAGGACACGGAGAGGCUCAAGUGGCUCAGAGAGGGAGCCGCUCUCCGGGCGGCACCGGGACUCACUGAAGGCACCUCGGUCACUGUGGAGGAAGGAGGAGAGGAGUUGAGAGGCGUCAUCCGCUACGUCGGGAGGCUGACAAGGCCAAAAUAUCCAGAUCCCUUAUCAGGAACGUUCUUUGGGAUUGAACUGCAGGGAGCAGACAGGGGGAAGGGGAAUACCAACGGGUCCUACCAGUAUGAAACCUUCUUCUCCUGUCCCAAAGAUUGUGGCAUUUUUGCCCCGUUCUCCAGAGUUAAGCCUUUGGUUGCCAGUUCCUUGUCGCCCUCCGUCCCAGAGCCCUCCUUACGGCCACAGACAGAAGAGCUAACCUUGGGGGACAGAGUCACUUACUUCAUCAGUGAUAAAUGUCGCCAUGGCAUGGUGAUGGAUGUGCAGGACAAGAACGGACAACAUUUUGUUAGGAUCUCCACAGACAAGGACGAGAACGGGAAGACCGGGGGCGAAGUUAGCAUUCCACUAGAGUUUGUCGUGAAGGGAGAGGUGCCUGCAGAGACAGAGAGCAUGGACAUUGAUACACCGCCGGUGGAAGCAAACGCCGAUGAUCCGUACAUGGGUCUGAGCGUGAACUCUCUGGUAGAGGUGACCUUGGCUGAAGGCAACUCGUAUGGAAUCAUCCGCUGGAUCGGCGCUCUGACUGAUCAAGGGAAAAUCAUGGCGGGACUAGAGCUGGAGGAAGACAGGGGAGUGAGCGAUGGUACCUUUAAAAGUGAGCGUAUCUUCAGUUGUCCUCCCAGGAGAGCUCUGUUUGUGAAGCUGAGCUCCUGCCGUCCUGACUCCCGCUUUCAGAGCAUAUCAGCCAAUCACAGUGAGGAGAUGCCGAAACAGGAAGACACAGAGAGAGAGACAGAGCAGGGCGCAGGGAAGCCGGAGACUGUUCCUCCUGUCGGCACUGAGCAGGUUGACCAGAUUCUGACUGGACGAAUGAAGGGGAUCCAAGGCCACUGCAACUCCUGCUACAUGGAUGCUGCCCUCUUCAGUUUGUUUUCCUGCUCCUCUGUGCUGGACUCUAUGCUGUUUAAAUCAACAGCACCUCAAGAUGCCCCAAUUCAGAAAACACUGCUCCACGACAUUGUCAACCCCCUCCGCAGUAAGGGCUUUGUGGAAGGGCGGCACAUCAUGAAGCUCCGGCAGCAGCUGCAGAAACACGGCUACAGUCACUCCUUCACCACGGAGGAGAAGGACCCAGAGGAGUUCCUUAUUGUCAUCAUGCACCAUAUUCUCGCCCUGGACCCUCUACUCAAACUCCUGGCUGCCGGCAAAGUGCAGGAGAGCUACUGCUACCAGAUCUUCCUGGACCAGAACCACAGCCUGGUGCUGCCUACGGUCCAGCAGCUGCUGGAACAUUCCUUCCACAGUGCAGGACUCAAACUGGUAGAGGUGCCCUCCUGCCUCAUCCUCCAGAUGCCUCGCUUUGGAAAGAAAUUCAAGAUGUUUGACAAAAUCAUUCCCUCUCUGGAGCUGGACAUCACUGACCUCCUCUCCGAGGGUCCGCAGCAGUGCAUACUGUGCGGAGGCCUGGCCGAGGAACAGUGCGCCGACUGUUUUAAAGAUCCCGUUUUCAGCCAGACGGGAUUCAAAGUCUUCUGCAAGACGUGCUCAUCUCAGGUACACUCUCAUCCGCAGCGUCGGUCCCAUCAGCCAGCUGCUCUGGACAUCCCCAAAGGAUACCUGGGUCGCAGCAUACCUCACACUCUGACCAGGGACAAACUGGAGCUGUUCGCCGUGCUCUGCAUCGAGACGAGCCACUACGUGUCCUUCAUCAAAUACGGACCAAACAGUGAAGACUGGAUCUUCUUUGACAGCAUGGCGGACAGACAAGGAGAAAUAGAUGGCUUCAACAUCCCUGAGGUGCACGCCUGCCCCGAGGUCGGCACGUACCUGGAAAUGUCUCCCGCCGAGCUGGCCAGUCAGGUGCCUCGAGACAUGAAAGGUGUGGCCAAGCGUCUCUUCUGUGAUGCCUACAUGUACCUGUACCAGAGCACCAGCAUGUGCCUCUAUCGCUGAGGGGGACACUUCACCUCGCUGGAAAACCUCCCAGCUUACUCAGUGCACAACUUGUCGAUAUGAAUAAAUAUUGAUGUUUGUGUAGUUUCCUUUUGCUAGAUUGGAUUGUUAUUAUUUUGAGACUGUGCGGAAGUAACCACAUGAACGUUUAAAACCUGUCUGUUUAUUUGAUUUUCUGCUUUGGGUCCGGAUACAGUUUAUCAGGCUCGCAUAAUUUAUAACAAUAUCGUGUUACUUCUGUAGUAUUGUAUAGAGAAAACAUACAAAGUGACAUUGCUUGCUCAAUGUAUUUGCACUGUAAUCUAAAGAAAAUAACAGACAUUUAUAUGUGACACGUUGCACUAUAAUGUUAGGAUUUUGUAGUUUUCUGUUUCCUCUUGGUGUUGGAUAAUUAUCUUUAAAAGUUAUAUCUACAAUUUUUAUAGUGAGAGUGAAUGAUUAUAGCAUACCAAAAAAAAAAA